CCACCCCUUCACAACUCUUCCCCCAAUUCCAUCUGAGGCACCUCUGUGCAGAUUCAGCUUCUUCAAACAUCUUCACUUCACACUACACAUUCGUUCCAACUCAUUCGCGCCGCUACCCAUACGCCGACGCGCCCGCGCAUCCAUAGUCGAAGUUGCGUCACUCGCUCCACAUCACCGCAUCGUGGCAUUCCCGGAUUGUUCCAUCCGAAACCUCCCAUAACUCAAGUCUUGUCGCCUCCAUACGAAUCGUCCACCUGAAUCUCACCUCAGGAACUUGCGACCAACUCUAUCCUCAACAUCCGGCGCGAACAUUCGGCGCAAAGCUCAUUGAGUGAUACGACAGCGACUACGAAUUAACUCUCCGAAGUCUACAGCAUCACACCCACAUAUCGACAGCAAUGGCGCGCACGGUCGUAGGAUCAGCAGUUGUGGUGCGGGAGCGGUACUACUGGCCCGACGCCCAGCUUAACAUUUGGACCAUCAUCAUGUUAGCCACGGCGGGCACGAUUCUAGGAAUCAACGCGCAAUUCAUGACGCAGCAAAGCCAGCUACGACAGCCGACACCAUGGGUAUUGCCGUAUGGUGUCACCGUCGGAUCCCUCGCCAUUGCCUUCAUCCUCAUCGAGCUCAUUUUGAUCAUGCAGCAGCGGCUGCUGCCAGGCAUCAUGAUGCUGCUCUCCUUCAUCCUGCUGGUCCUGUUCGUCACCGGCAUCAUUGCGACAGGGAUACAAUUGUUUGGCGGGCACAACGUGAACAACCUCUGCCAGACGUACGUGAAUAAUGAGAAGUUCACGGGACCAAGCGGAAAUACGUUGGCGUGGUUGCAGCAGAACAGCAUAUGUCAAAGCUGGGACGCCGUUUUCGCUUUCUGGAUUAUCGGGACUGUUUUCCUCAUAUGGAUGAUCAUUAUGGCGAGUCAAGUGAGCCAGAACCAGUAUGACUGAGCGCUGUAUUCACUUACUCCACUCCUGGUUCGGUCUUUUCGCUAUAAAUGUGUUUCUUCUUUGUGUUUGUCGGAAUGAUUGAUAUGGUACAUACGAGCAUGGAGCUAUAUCAUCGGGUGGCGUAUAUGGAUUUGGGCACGAGAAGUUCAUCUGGUUUGUUUUAGGAGUAUGGAGAUACCAGAGGGCAGCAUGUCUUCAAGCGUGCAUUUCAAGGGGUUUGUGGAGAAAAAAGACCUUAGUAGAACCGAAGAACUGUGGUUAAUGUCGAUAGUUUUGGUGGUUGAAGAAUGCACAUAAUACCAUAACUCUCGAGACCAUUCAGAACUAACGAUGAUGCUCCUAACUAUGCUCUAAGAAACUCCUCCCUCCAUAGUAGAAGAAUAAGUAACUGCAAGCAAUGCCUCAACAUAA